CGAUCUCGCACAUAAGUAACACGUGUCGCUCUCGGAACGGAUAUACUAUAAACCCACAGGUAACCCUGGAAGCAGCCGAUAACUGCCGCCCUAGCGCCAACAACACACGAGAAAGAACCCUCUCACUUCUUCCCACCGAGCCAGCGCAUGGUCCUUUCUGAAAAUUCCUCCGCAAUGUUCCUCAAUUUCUCCGCCAAUACUCCCAAGUUGGUUCCUCUCGCGCUAGGGUUUUAGUCUACAGCUCACUCUCACACACAACCCUAACAACACAAAUUUCCCACUUUCUAGGGUUUCCUUUCGUCAUCCACCAUGGCCGAGUGGCAGUCCCUCCUCCAAUCGAUUCUCGUCGGCCUCAUUUUCUCUUACCUUUUAGCCAAGCUCAUCUCCAUCGUCGUUUCCUUCAAAGACGACAAUCUCACCGUCACGCGCGCCUCCGCCGCCGAAACCACCGCCACGCGCGCGGAACAAUUCGAGGAUGCUCUGAAGCGCGACGACGCCGUUUCCUCCGAUGCGCGCCCCUUCGAGGAGGAGUCGGUCGUGGCCGAGCACGGCAGCGUGAGGAUCGACAGCGAUGGCGACUACGACGACGACUGGGAGGGCGUGGAGAGCACCGAAUUGGACGAGGCGUUCAGCGCCGCGACGGCUUUCGUGGCCGCCGCCGCCGCCGAUCGGCUAUCGCAGAAGGUGUCGAGCGACGUGCAGCUACAGCUUUACGGUCUUUACAAGAUUGCCACCGAAGGUCCCUGCAGCACGCCCCAGCCUUCGCCCCUCAAAAUGACCGCACGUGCCAAAUGGCAAGCGUGGCAGAAAUUGGGUGCUAUGCCUCCUGAAGAUGCAAUGCAGAAGUACAUUGAUAUUGUGACCGAGAUCUAUCCUACUUGGCUUGAUGGUUCAUCUUUGAGGAAUAAAAGCGGCGACAGUGGUGGACAUGGUUCAGAGGCUAAGGGACCAAUGGGCCCCGUAUUCAGCACUUUUGUUUAUGAAGAGGAAUAUGGCAGUGACUCACAAAUGGAAGCCAUUCAUGGAUUUGCCAGGGAAGGAGAUAUGGCUAAUCUGCUCAAGUGUAUUGAAAAUGGUGUUUCAAUGAAUUUAAAGGACAGUGAGGGCCGGACACCAUUACACUGGGCUGUGGAUCGUGGCCACCUUAAUGUCACAGAGUUGCUUGUUGGCAAGAAUGCUGAUGUGAAUGCCAAGGACAAUGAUGGACAAACUCCCUUGCAUUACGCUGUUACAUGUGAGAGGGAAGCCAUAGCUGAGUAUUUAGUGAAGCAUAAUGCAGACAUAUAUUCAAAAGAUAAUGAUGGGAGUUCACCACGUGACAUCUGUGAGUCAAACUGGCCAUGCAUGCAGCAUGUGGGGGAAGAAGUAAAUUGAUUGAUUGAUUGUUUGCUUGUUGCAGCUUCUGGCCAAUACAACCUUUUAGCCAAAUCCCAAGAGGAUGUUCGUGUCUAUAUAACUUGAUUUUUUUUGUCCUUACUCAUGAUGGUGUAUACACCCUUUUCAGUCUAGUGUACGCCUAUGCACCGCUUAGGUAAUGGUUAGUUAAUUAGGUUGUAUUCUGUUCUAUUAUUGUUUCCUCUGCUCAGCUCUUUAAAUCUGGCUCUCAUUUCUUAUAUAUUUCAUGGAUAAAGAUAUACACGGAAACUAGAAAUAGUACCAGGGAAAGGGAAUCUUAAACGAUAUUCUUUCCUCGGAAAACCUUCUACCCUUCUAUUGAAGGCGAUAUAGAUUUUACAGGGUUAUUUUAGGUCUUCAAAUGGUGUUAAGAUUAUCCGCAGUGAAAUCUUUGAUUGAUAAUGA